UCCUCACAUUUGUCCAAUACCUGUUUGUCUAAAACCCUUCUCUCCGGAAGUAAGCGUUACAUAGUGAAGCGGUACGGUGAUCAGCUCACAAGAAACACAAAACUGUGUAGUCACUCUGAAUUGUAAUCCGAAUAAACGGCAGACAAAAUUAUUCACAAUGUCGAUUAUGUCAUACAAUGGAGGAGCGGUGAUGGCGAUGCGUGGAAAGGACUGCGUGGCAAUAGCCUCCGAUCGACGCUUUGGGGUCCAGGCACAGAUGGUGACCACUGACUUUCAGAAGAUCUUCCCCAUGGGAGAGCGCCUCUACAUUGGCUUAGCUGGCCUUGCCACUGAUGUGCAAACUGUGUCCCAGCGUCUUAAAUUCCGCCUAAACUUGUAUGAAUUGAAGGAAGGCCGUCAGAUCAAGCCCAAGACUUUCAUGAGUAUGGUGUCCAACCUGCUGUAUGAGAGAAGGUUUGGUCCAUACUACAUUGAACCUGUGAUUGCUGGCCUUGAUCCUAAGACUUUUGAACCAUUCAUCUGCUCUCUGGACCUGAUUGGCUGUCCUAUGGUAACAGAGGACUUUGUGGUGAGCGGUACCUGCUCUGAACAGAUGUACGGCAUGUGUGAGUCCCUUUGGGAACCUGACAUGAUAUUGCAGCACUAUUCGGGCCAGUACAGCUGGCACUCUGCAUUCCGCCAAAGCCAGAUUCAUCCAUCAGACUGCCAUAUAGUGAACUGUGAUUCAUCACUCCAGAGAGCACAUUUCCACUGCUCCAGAGUCCAAUGGCAGUGUGCUUAUAGACCACUCCAGCCGAUGCUUGGCAUUGCGCACGGUGGUCUUAGGUUUGUGUACGGCUGCUCAACCAUGGAAACUCAUUUCAUGGCGCUCUUGACAAACAGUUCUUGUGCUGAUGUUAUUUUCAGAGGUAGUUUGGAAUUCUCUAGUGAGUGUUGCGUCUGAGGACGGAUGGUUUUUACGCUCUACAUGCUUCAGCACUCAGCGGACUCAUCCUGUGAGAUUCUGUGGCCUACUGCUUCAUGGCUGAGCUAUUGUUUCUCCUAAUACUUUUCCACCUCACAAUAACAGCACUUGCAGUUGACUGGAGCACCUCUAGCAGGGCAGAAAUUUGAUGAACUGACUUGUUGGAAAGGUGGCAUCCUAUGACUGUGCCACAUUGGUAAAGCUCUUCGGUGCAACCCAUUCCACGACCAAUCUUUGUCAAUGGAGAUUGCACGGCUGUAUACUUGAUUUUGUGCACCUAUUAGCAAUAAGUGUGGCUGAAAUAGCCGAAACCACUAAUUAUACGGGGUGUCCACAUACUUCUGGAAAUUUGCGUAAUAUGUGUGUGUUACACUCACGGUAAAAUGCUAAAGUAUUAAAACAGUGACACAUUUGUUCUGGCUCUGUACUCCAGCACAUGGGAUUUGAAAUAAAACGAGGAAUGUGAUGCAAAAGCCAUACUGUUGGGUUUAAGUAUCCAUAUUGGGUGAUCCAUGUACGAAUUGCAAGAAAAGAUUACGCUGAUCACACUUCAGUUUAAGAAAUGUAUAUCUACAUCUGUAAUGUAAAAAUGCUAUGAAUGCAAGUGCAUGCAUGCGCAUAUCAUGCAUUGUAAGUGCAUGUACACAUCCCGCAGGCACAUUGUUAGAUCACGAAUGGGAAUGUUGGUGGCCUCUCCUGCCUAACAUUUGGCGGUGGGUUUUAAAAGAGUCUGCGCCAUAAUAUUGUUGGAAAAAAUACAUUAAUUUAUCAGGUUAAGAGUCAUUGGUCAUUGUGUUCAAUAAUUUUUAUUCUUUCUGUGCACAAAUAAUUGUGUCUGUGUAGUUGGACAAUAAAUGAUAGCUCUUCUGGGCUGGGAAAUCAUUGCAGACCUGAGAGCAUGGUCAUGUACAACACCCAGUGUUGGUUUUCAUUUGUAUCUGAGCAGCAAGGGUCUUAGACCUAGGCUCUUUGGGCACGCUAUGGUUAUUCCUCCUCAAUCACUGCAUCACCUCAGUUCUUAAGUUAGGAAUACACAAAGCUGAUGGACGCUCAAUAGUUGACCAACAACAGUGGAGGGUCUCGUUGGCACUGGUCAGGAGUGAGCCGUCUCAGCUCUGACAAAAUGGUCACACUGCGCCAACAGUUGCCGCCUUAUUUGCACCUAUUUGCAUUCUUUGCUCGAGGCAGACAAUCAACCUCUAGCCGAGGAGAUGGCCUCAGCAAGCACAAGACAUAAUUUUAGGGCAGUGACUAGAAUUUUGCUGGAUAGGAAGCAAGCAAAACCAUGAUGAAGGCUGAAGAGUUGACUUGUCUGGUGUAUACACAGGAAGAGUAUAGACAGCAAGAGAAGAGUGAACUUGAUGUCUGAUUCUGAACAUAAUCUGCAGUUAGCACUGGCUUUAUCAAGUGUAAUCUUGUUUGUGAUGAAGAAUAAAAAGAAGCAGAGAAAACGUAGGAGGCAUUUCAUUGGGAUUAAGUCAUGGUUUUCCUCAGUGACAAGCACAGAGCGCCUUUAGGAAUUUGUGUCAGGAACUAGAGGUGCAUUAGAUUGCAGAUUUCAAGAAUUUCUCCUGGUUGUCUCAAACUGCUGUCGACGUGGUCCAAACAGCAGCACAAUACACAAAGCUUUACUCUAGACUAAUUUAUCCUCAUUUAUACACAUGAACACACGCAUGCAGGUUCUGAUUUGAAAACAAUAUGGAGCUCACUGUUUAUAGCUUGGUACAGUUUGUGGCAAAGACAUUUUUUUCUCAAUAGUUUUUUUUCUGUACCAACAAUUUUAGAUUUGUAGUCAAGAAAUUCACAUGUGGUUGUAGUGCAGAUUUUCAGCUUUUAAUAAAGUGUAUUUUUAUACAUUUUGGUUUCACUAUGUAGAAGUUACUGCAAUUUAUACAUAGGGUACCUAAAUGUUUGGGAAAAAUGGCUUCUCAGGUGAUUCUGAUUACUCAGGUGUGUUCAAUUGCUUUCUUGAUGCAGGUAUAAGGGAGCUUUCAUAACAUAACGUAAUAUAAUGACGAGAACAGGCCAUUCAGCCCAACAAGGCUCGCCAUUUUUCAACUAAAUUAGUCCUCUGAUUACCUACAGACUAGAUAGUAUAUAACACUGUAUCAAGCCUAGUCUGACCUGGCAGGCUAUUCCACACAUUGACUACUCUCUGUGGAAAAACUUCUUCCAAAUGUCUGUAUGGAAUCUACCUUUUGUUAAUUUCCAUUUAUGUCCCCUUGUUCUACUAACAGAACUCAACCUGAAGAAUCUCUUGUAGUUCACUUUGUUUGUCCCCUUUAUUAAUUUAAAAGCCUCAAUCAAAUCACCCCUGAGUCUCAUUUUACUAUGCUUGAAGAGGUUAAACAUCUUAAGUCUUUCCCCAUAGCUUUUAUCUUUCAUACCAGGAAGGAAUCUCAAAUUCUUGACUGGCCAAGUCUCACCUGAUCUGAAUCCACUUAAACAUGCAUUUCACAGACUGAAGAGAAAACCUAUGGUAACAGCCCUGAAACAAGCAGGAGCUGCAGAUAACCACAGUACAGGCCUGGAAGAGCAUCACCAGAGAAGAUACUCAGCACCUGAUGUCUGUUGGUCUCUGUCUUUAAGCUGUCAUUGCAUGAAAAGGAUAUGCAGCAAAGUACUAAACAUGAUUACUUUCAUUUACAUAACAUUAAUAUGUUCCAAA